CAAAUCAGCAAUCUCUCUAUUGCUUAUCAGAGCCCAGCCAAUCGAGUUGUAGGAGUGAGUGAGGGAGGGAAGCAAGUAUAAUGGAUUCAAUGAUGGUACUGGGGAGCAAUAGUUUGCUAUUUGAAAGGAAUGGUAAACCAGGUAGCCAUAGAUUUCUUUCCUCCAAUUUCCCUGUACCAGUUUUAGGGAAUGAGAAAACAAGCCAAGUUGGCUUUUGUUCUCUUCCUUCAUUGCGCAGUAAUUGUUCUUUCAGUGCAUGGCGAAGAGGGUGGACGCAAUCCCAGGUUCAUCUUAAUCAUGGGGUUUUGAGAUCUAGGAAAGUCACUAGGAAUUGUGUUUCCAGACCUAGAACUGCUGAAACUGAAAGCACCACUCGAGAGGGAGAGCGCAUUAAGGAUUAUGAAAUUAAUGGCGAGUUAGUAUUGGAGAAAGAUUUCUGGAUGGGGCCACAAAUUUCUCUCGAGCUUGUGAGCAGCGACCAAGUUGAUCCUGAUACGGGAUUCGGGAAAACGGCCGGGCAACUUUCUUACUUAAGUCGGUGGCACAACACAAUCAAGUUGAAAUGGAACUCUGCCCUUGGAUUUCCGGGUGCAUUUCGAAUAAAAAAUAUGCACUCCAAAGAGUUCCUUCUAAAGUCUCUCACCAUAAACAUCCCAGGUCAGGGCGAAGUUUGUUUCCAAUGUAAUUCAUGGAUUUUCCAGUCCAUUGAUCGUGUUUUCUUCGCGAAUAAGAGCUUUCUUCCGGAGGAGACACCAGUGGGUUUGAGGAAACUGAGGGAGUUAGAUUUGGAGAGCCUGCGAGGAGACAGAACCGGAGAAAGGAAGAAGUCUGAUCUCAUAUACGAUUAUGAUGUCUACAACGAUCUUGGAAAGCCUGAGGAAAGUCCAGAGCUGCGGAGGAAAGUGCUGGGUGGAUCGCAGGACUUCCCAUAUCCGCGAAGAUGUAGAACCGGUCGUCCACCCGUUGAAAACGCUCCUGAAUCUGAGACCCGAACACACUCGAUCUUUAUUCCUCCGGACGAAAAUCCUCGCUACUCUUUCGACUUCGGAGCUCGCUUAAUUAUGAGUGUUUCUGGCUCGGUUAUUACCGAUCUCCGUGAUGCCUUCAAAUCCUUCCAGGAAGUCAGCGAGCUUUACGAAGGGGGAUUGGAAAGCAGCUUAUUUAAUAUACGACAGUUCGAUGACAUGGGGGAUGACAUCCCUCUCAUAACUUUCACCCGCCCACAAAUUUGUCAAGUUGACGAGUACGCAUGGAGAAGCGACAAGGAAUUUGCACGUCAAGCACUUUCAGGCUUGAAUCCAAUUGUGAUCGAGUGCCUACAGAAAUUUCCUGUGUCUAGUACCUUGGAUGAAAAGAUGUACGGUCCACAGAAGAGCGCCAUCACAGCCCAACAUAUAGAAAAGAACCUUGAGGGCCUUUCUGCAGAUGAGGCCAUUGCAUUGAAAAGAUUAUUUAUUGUGGACUACUAUGAUGCUUACAUGCCUUACGUCGAGCACAUCAAUAAGCUUUCCAAUGAUGUUAAAACGUAUGCAAGCCGCACAGUUUACUUCCUCACCCAGGAAGGAACUUUAAUGCCUGUGGCCAUAGAGUUGUGUUUGCCACCCAUUGAUGACAAUGCAGCUGUAAGAAAGGUUUUUAUACCAGGCAAAGAUGGAACAGAAGAAGGAGCAGUAUGGCAACUGGCCAAAGCCCAUGCUAAAGUCAAUGAUGCAGGUUACCAUCAGCUUGUCAGCCAUUGGCUAAGAACUCAUUGUGUCACAGAGCCUUUCAUUAUAGCUACCCAUAGACAACUAAGCAAAAUGCACCCAGUAUACAAAUUAUUGAUCCCCCAUUACCUCGGCACCAUGAACAUCAAUCAAGCUGCCCGGCAGGCUUUGAUAAGUGCAUCAGGUAUUAUUGAGCAAGGCUUUGCACCUGGAAGAUAUUGUAUGGAAAUGUCAUCUAAAGUCUACAAACAGUGGAAAUUCAAUGAGCAAGGAUUAGAAGCCGACCUACUUAAAAGGGGAAUGGCAGUCCGAGAUUCAAAGGAACCAAAAGGUUUGAAGCUUGUGAUUGAAGACUAUCCAUAUGCUGUAGAUGGCAUUGAAAUAUGGUUUGCCUUAAAACAAUGGGUUUUAGACUACUUGUCUCUGUAUUACAAGGACGAUACCUCGGUUAAGAGGGAUAACGAAUUGCAGGCUUGGUGGGAUGACAUAGUAAAUGAGGGUCAUGGGGACCUCAAGGACGAUCCUAGUAGAUGGUACAAGAUGGAUUCUGUGGAUGAAGCAGUUCAAAUAGUGACAACUAUAAUCUGGACGGCAUCUGCUCACCAUGCGGCAGUCAACUUUGGACAGUACUCCUAUGGAGGAUACAUGCCCAAUUUACCCACCAUGAGCAGACGUUUGAUUCCAGAGAAAGGAACAGCCGAAUAUGAAGAACUCCUUAAGAACCCAGAUGGAUUUUUCCUAAAGACCGUGUCUAGCCCAAAACAGGCCACGCUUGUCAUGGGUGUUCUUGAAGUUUUGUCAAAGCAUGCAAAAAAUGAGGUGUACGUGGGACAGUUGCAGGGGUCCACCAUGGACAGAGUAGAUGAUCCACGUGUAAAAGAAGCAUUCACCAGAUUUUCAGAAAACAUGAAAAAGAUUGAGGAAAGUAUAACGGAGAAGAAUAAUAACUGUGAACAUUAUAAGAACAGAGCUGGACCAGCGAAAGUUCCGUAUAACUUACUCUACCCUAACACUAGCAAUUUGCUGGAAUCAGGUCGUCUCACAGGCGGCGGAGUGCCCAAUAGCAUCUCCAUCUAAUAGUAUAAACUCAUUUGAUAUAAUUCUAACCCUCCUUUUGUGUUAGAAUUAUUAUACUAUAUACCUAUUAUAUGGUUAUAUACUAAUGUUAUAUCAUCAGGACAGGACAGGUGAUUACUAAAAUAUUAAUAAACGUCAGUGAAUAAUGCAAUCAAUAUAUUGGCUUAAGGUUUUGGGUAAGGCCGGAGGUUUUCUCCUAUCCGCUCUUUCCUACCGGCGCCCGUACUGAGCGGAGAUUGUAAUUUUAUUUAUUAAAUAAAAUAUGGCUUCGACCUUUCAG